AUGGUCACGCUGAGGUUCAAUGUUUUGACGCUGGAACGCUCCAACAAUGUAAACAACAAAAGACCAUUCCAAGUAGAAACAAUUAGUAAUGCAGAAAACGUUGAGUUGUGUGCCGAUGGGCGUGGUAAUAGGGACAAUGGAUUGAAUUUAAAUGUAGGCAAAGUGUCUACGUCCGCUCCGGAGAAUAUAAAGCCUUCAACAGUUCCAAUAUUAGCAGGAGAUAAUGAAUAUUAUAAUUUAUCAGAUGUACAGAGUUCGUGUAUCAGGGUGGAAGAACUGCAACAAUAUAUUGAGAAAAAACAAAGAAACGAGGAACUCAAAAAUGAAUAUAAGAGCAUACCAAAUGUAGCAGUGCACCCUACAACUCAUGCACAAACAAAGGACAAUAUGCCAAAGAACAGAUUUAAAACAACAUUUCCAUAUGAUCACACUAGAGUUAUACUGGAAUUCAAUGGAGGAUCUGAUUAUAUAAAUGCAAACUACGUCGAUGGUUUUGAAAAGCAAAAAUGUUAUAUUGCAUCUCAAGGUAAACAAUGUUUCUCAUUUCAAUUUCAAGAAAAAAUAUUUAAUAAAGAAUUACUUAUAUACAAAAACCCUUGA